CUGUCCCCAUCCCCAACCUUCGACCCCUUCCUGAAAGGAGUCUAUCACGGAGUCAGAGCCUCUUCAGUUAUAUGGAGCCAAGUCUAUUUCUACGGUGUCCGCACUCUUGUUUGGAUUGAACUGGGUGUUAUCAUCGCUUUGCAUCUCGCCGUGUCAUUGAUCCCCGAUUAUCUUGACCACUAUCGGCAUGGGUGGUCCGAAUCAGAGACCAUGGAAUUUCUAGGGGAGGUCUUCGGUCUGGGAAUUGAGAUGGUCACUGCUUUUCUGCUCUACAAGCGA